AUGGAGCAUGAUGUGUCUCCCUCAUCCCCAACCUCAGCCUACAAGCGGCAUCAAGAACAGGAUGAAUCUGUGUCAUCCUCGGCCAAGCGCCGUCGAGUACUGCAUGAUUCAACACCAUACAUGACUCCCCAUGAUAAAUGGACGACAAGGCCAAGUGAAAGCCAUCUUUCAUCUGACCCCCGUAACGUCGCGAACCGUAGGCGAAACCAACGUUUUAAAGAGUUAUACGCUGCUUUGGAUACCGAGCUUCCAUAUAGUCACCGCCCUCGUAGCGAAAUCCAAUUGUUGGAGGGAGUUCUUACACACCUUCACCAGAUCAAGGAACAAUUUGAGGAAUCGGAAAAAGCCCGCAAGCAUCAAGAAGAAAGAAAGGAAGCAGCCCUUCAAGAAGCUGCUUAA